CCCCCCACUAGCCUCGAAUUCAGUUCCUCUAUCGACCUGCCCUUGGGUGGGCUUUCUAUGACAUCAGGAACUCCUCCACAUCCGAAUGACAAUCGUGUUGGCUUUGAAAACAUCACUUCUCUGGCUGCCAAUGACCCCUCUUCAUCAUCACCGACUCACAAUAUUUCAAGCCUAUCUUCAGAUCAGCCUGUUAAUCAUUUGUCAGUCUUAGGUCAGUCAUCUGGGCAUCCUGCUUGCGAGCUGGAGAGAUUUUGCUUGCAACAGGAGUUAGAUGAUACUCGAAAUCAACUUGAUUCUGUAGGUCUCUUCUGCCUUUUACUUUUCACUCUAAGCUCGAAACAGGACGAACUUGAUCAUCUUCGUCAAGAACACGAAGAAACAAUUCGUCAGCUUCGUGGUUCAAUCUCCCUGAUAUGCUCUAUUCUUGGUAGCAGUCCCUCUCAAUUAAUUUCUCGGCAGAAUACAUCUAUUUCAUCCGCUAAUCAAGGCCGCAUAAACUCUGACUCGGAUCAAUCCUUCAAUACACAUCUUGAGUCUUUAUCUAUUAAGCCAGAUCCACCAUCACUCCUUUCAGAAACAGAGGGCUCAUGUCGAUCUGCUUCAGCUAUGGCUGGCAGUCAGAAUAAUUGCUGCACAACUCAACCUGAUUUAGUUUCUACCAUCAAUUCUACAAUUGACGCUGAAUCACCUACUAGUCAUGCAUAUGAUUCCUCAUUAGCUGAACUUUUAGAUAACCCGUUGAUCCAUGCUCUUUUACAAGCCGGUGAGGAGCGCCCUUCUCAUUUCGAAACCUUAGAUCCUUCCCAGCUUCAUCAGACAGAUUCCGAACCCGAGUUAGCCUCUAGCGCUCAGACGGAUCACGAUUCUUCUGUAUAUAUUAAAAAGAUUGAUGACCCACUGGGUCAGCCGGGCAUGCAACCACUCUCUGAGUCAAGCAAGGCCUCUGGCUUUAAUUUCAGUCACGCGUUCAAUCCCGCUUGUUUAACUCAAAGGCAAAUGACCGAGCUAGUGAGGUACUCCUGA